GCAUGCCGGGAAUCCCGCAGGCAACCGUCGCCACCACCGCGUUGGCCGCCUGCGGGCGCCGAUGACCCUCCCGGAGGAGAUGAAAUUCCCGUUCUCGGUGCUGGCGUCCGUGUUCCUGUUCUUGGCCGAGACGCUGGUGGCGUUCUACCUGAGCAGCACCUACCACAAGGCAGGAGAUGGCAUCUGGCGGUCGCUGACCCUGAUCUUCUCGCUGGUGCCCUGCGCUCUCGUGCAGCUCACGCUCCUCUUUGUGCACCGCGAUCUCAGCCGAGACCGGCCGCUCCUGCUGCUGCUCCACCUGCUCCAGCUCGGGCCCCUCUACAGGUGCUUCGAAGUCUUCUGCCUCUACUGUCAGUCAGGACAUAAGGAAGAGCCUUAUGUCAGCAUCACCAAGAAGCGGCAGAUACCAAAAUAUGGCCGCUCACAGGAGAUUGAGAAAGAAGUGGGCCAGGCAGAUGGCAAGCUAUUCACUCAUCGAUCUGCGUUCAGCCGAGCAUCAGUGAUCCAGGCUUUCCUGGGCUCAGCCCCCCAGCUGACCCUGCAGCUGUACAUAACCGUCUUGCAACAGAGCAUCACUGUCGGAAGAAGUAUCUUCAUGUUCCUAUGCCUGUUGUCCAUUGUAUAUGGAGCUUUGCGCUGUAACAUCCUAGCCAUCAAGAUCAAGUAUGAUGAAUACGAGGUCAAUGUGAAGCCCCUGGCCUAUGUCUGUAUCUUCCUCUGGAGGAGCUUUGAGAUUGCCACUCGAGUCGUGAUCCUGGUCCUGUUUACCUCCGUCAUGAAGGCCUGGGUACUUAUAGUCGUGGUCAUCAACUUUUGUAGCUUCUUCUUUUACCCCUGGAUCAUCUUCUGGUACAGCGGCUCUCCAUUCCCUGAGCACAUCGAGAAGGCCCUCAGUCGGACGGGCAUCACGUGUGUACUCUGCUUCCUCACCUUUCUCUAUGCUGGAAUCAACAUGUUCUGCUGGUCAGCGGUGCAGCUGAAAAUCGAUGACCCUGAUCUCAUUAAGAAGUCACAGAGCUGGUACCAGCCACUGAUGUACUACAUGCUGAGAUUCAUUGAAAAUGCCUUCCUUCUCCUCAUUUGGUAUCUUUACAAGACCGACAUCUAUAUGUAUGUCUGUGCCCCUUUAUUGUUUCUUCAGUUGCUCAUUGGGUAUUGCACUGGCAUUCUAUUCAUGAUGGUAUUCUAUCAGUUCUUCCACCCUUGCAAAAGGCUCUUUUCCUCCAGUGUUUCUGAAGGCAUUCAGGAGUGUCUAAGAUUUAUUUGCUGUAAAUUCAAGAAGCAGACACCCCAGGAUACUACAAGAAAUAUAGUUACAAGCCCACCCACAGACAGGGAUGAGCUACCUUCAUGUAGUAAUUUAGAUCCUCCUGCCAUCUAAACCAAGGAGUACAUCUCUGCUUAAUUGGACCCAAGUCUCUGGGCAUACAGAUAUAUAAUUUUCUGGG